AUGUCGUCCUUAUUCCGCACCACCACCACAUAUGAUCCGAUCGAGGCGCUCCUCAAUGCCGACACCGAUGACAAGCGCGAUGAGCUGACCCAGAGGUGGAAGAACAACAAACUAGAAGAGCUCAACUUCAUCGGUAUUGUCGGUGCUCUGCUAGCUGGCGUCCUGACAUCGACGGCCCAAGUCAUCACCUGGCAACUGAGCGCAGUCUUCUUGACACUUAGUGUUUUGGCAAUGCUCGGUGGCAUGUUCAUCUUGAUAUGGAGCUCGACUGGCUCCAAUUUACCCGGGACUACUUGGUGGAACACCGAUGCGAAGCUUGCCGUCACGUUCAGCAUCGUUACCUUCGUCAUCUUCCUUCUCUUUGUGUUUGAGCAGGUUACCCUGUACUCAUGGUCUGGUCGCGAUGACUCUACACAGUAUGAAUAG